AUGGCCUCCGUCUCAACCAAAACCGCAACUCCCGUCAUGCCUCCUGCGUUCUUCCCGCGAGAUAUCUCCCAUGCCAUGAUGACAGCCUCAACCCAAAAGCCAGAACAGACCCGUUCCACCCUGGUGGACGGUAUGCCUCCGGCGCCUCCUCCUUCGCCUGUCGCUUUCGCCAAGGGGAUUUGA